AUGAAGCUGAUUUGCCCUAUUUCUCUUCUCGUUGCCGUGCUCACGACAGCCGAACCCUACCUUCUAUUCACCUCUGGUAGUAGUGAAUACCAGCUUGCGAGUAACACGGCUGCGCCAGCUAUAUGGGUAGCGCAGAAUGAGCCUGCUGGGGUCCCCCGGGCCGCACAUGAUUUGGCCAGUGACUUUGGCCGCGUGCUCGGUGUUAAUGGAACCGUGCGUGUCCUCGAUACCAAUGUCCCACAAUCACCAGGAAAUGCAGUCAUCAUUACCGGAACGGUUGGUCAGUCUGUUCUCAUCGACCAGCUUGUGUCCAACGGGAAGCUCGACGUAUCUACAAUUGAGGGCGAAUGGGAAUCAUACGUCUCCCGGGUCGUCGAGAACCCCUUUGCCAAUGUUCCGUGGGCCCUUGUCGUAGCUGGGAGUGACCGGCGGGGAACAAUCUAUGGCUUGUACGACAUAUCUGAGCAGAUGGGAGUUUCGCCGUGGUACUGGUGGGCGGAUGUCCCCGUGAAGACGAAGGCCAGCAUCUGGGUCUCGCCGGAGGGCACGUCCCAGAAAUCCCCGUCCGUCAAAUAUCGCGGGUUCUUCAUCAACGACGAGUCGCCGGCGCUAUCGGGCUGGGUCAGCGAAAACUUUGGGACCAAGUUUAAUAGCGCCUUCUACCAGCACGUGUUCGAGCUCUGCCUCCGUCUCAAGGGCAAUUAUCUCUGGCCGGCCAUGUGGGGCAAGAUGUUCUACGUCGACGAUGUCCGCAAUGGGCAGCUGGCGCAUGAUUACGGGGUCAUCAUGGGCACGAGCCACCACGAGCCGAUGGGCCGGUCCGAGCAGGAGCAAAAGGCCUAUCUGGACGGAGAGUGGAAUUGGAAUGAGAACCAGGCAAAUAUCGAGUCCUUCUUCCAGGAGGGAAUUGACAGGGCGAGGGAAUGGGACACAAUGUGGACCAUGGGAAUGCGCGGCGAAGGGGAUGCCGCAUCGCCCACCUUGACAGCAGCCGAUCUUGAAGAGUUAAUUCAGGCGCAGCAGAAACUACUGGUAGAUUCAUUUAAUGCCAGUGACCCCGCUAGUAUUCCUCAGACGUGGGUGCUAUACAAGGAGGUCAGUGAUUACUACGCGGCGGGGAUGGAGGUUCCAGAAUCUGUUACCCUUCUUUGGACCGACGACAAUUCGGGUAAUCUUAUUCGUGUGCCCAUUGCGAACGAGACUUCUCGAUUAGCAGGCGCAGGGGUGUACUACCAUUUUGACUACGUGGGCAGCCCACGGAGCUACAAAUGGAUCAACACAAUUCAGCUAGUCAAAACAUGGGAGCAGAUGCAUUUAGCCUACCAGAAAAGUGCUAGGCAGAUAUGGAUUGCGAAUGUCGGAGACAUCAAGGGACUCGAGGUGCCAUUGACUCACUUCAUGGAUAUGGCGUACGACAUGGACGGCUUUAUGAGCCCGGAUUCCACCACAAAGUGGCUGAAGCGCUGGGCUGCCCGGGAAUUCAACCAGCGUAUUGCUGAUGACACUGCCGAUAUUCUCAAUCAUUAUGGAACCCUUGUUGCCCGCCGCAAAUACGAACUCCUCAGCCAGCUGCCCUUUGCAUUCAGCACGAUCUAUUACGAUGAAGCAGAGGUCAAUCUGGCCCAAUGGGAGAGUCUACUGGCUCAGGCUCAAAGCGUUUACGAUUCGCUUGACCAGGCAACUCGAACUCCCUUUUUCGAAAUGGUUUUGCACCCAGUACUGGCCGGAAAGAUCGUUGUGGACCUUUACACGAAGACUGCAUUCAACAAACUAUACCAUCAGCAGGGCCGGAUCAGCGCAAACCACGUUGCCCAGGAAGUGCAGGAUUUAUUUGCUGAAGAUUCUGCAGUCACGGAGCGAUAUCACGGUGUCAAAGGAGGCAAAUGGAGGCCGGUGAUGGAUCAGGUUCACAUUGGCUACAGUUCAUGGGACGACCCAGUGGACAACACUAACGUCAUGCCGUCUUUGAGCUAUGUAACAGCUCCACAGGGUGCUGGGGGUAUCGGAAUCGCUGUACAAGGGAGUGCAGCAUCCUAUCCAGAGCAGAAAACAUUGCGCCUUCUCUCCGUGGACCCUUAUAUGCCGCCGUCAGAGUCUCGGUAUAUUGAUAUAUUCGCUCGGAAAAACACCACAGUGUCGUACUCCAUUUCUUCCAACACUUCCUAUGUCACAAUUUCAAAAGCAAACGGGUCAGUAUCAGCAGCUGGUGAUAGGUCUGACGUGCGUAGCGUCAUCACUGUUGAUUGGGCUUCUGCGGAUCCCGGUUUGUCAUACACCGAACUGGAAGUACAGACGAGCGAUGGAUUUACCGCCACGCUGGUACUCCCCGUCAACAAAACCAUCGUCCCUACCAACUUCACCGGGUUUGUCGAGUCGAAUGGGGCCAUCUCCAUCGAAGCAAGCCACUAUACCAGCGCCGAGACAAAAAACAGCGUCUCGUACGUCGAGAUCCCGCAUUACGGACGCACCCUAUCUGCCGUCAAGCCCUGGCCAGUAACCAUGGGGACGCAGUAUCCCAACACCGGGCCGGCGUUGCGAUACUCCCUAUACACCACGACCGCAUCGUCCAGUGCAAAGCUGGUCAUUAGUCUCGGUGCCUCGCAUAACCAUGACCCCACGCGGUGGAUCAAAUUUGCCUAUUCAUUCGAUGGCGCGGUGCCCGUUACCGUCCGCCCCGUGUCCACUGUGCCGCCGUACAAGGAAGAACAAGCCUGGCAGCGAGCGGUGAUCGAAAAUAGCUGGACAUCGGUCGUCGAGCUCCCUAGUGUGGUUGAGACGGGCGCGCAUGAGCUGUCAAUCUGGCUCCUUGAACCUGGAGUGGUUCUGCAGAAGGUUGUGUUGGACAUGGGGGGCUAUCGGGACUCGGCACUGGGCCCGCCUGAGAGUAUGAAAGUUACUUAA